UGGUCUCUCUCCACCGGCCAUGCACGACCGUUUCUCUCCCCAACCGUGGAUUUCCUAUUACUCUCGUUACGACUCACUGAGCCCCAGGCCCAAGGAUAAUGAUGUGUUGUUUCUUGGUAGCAUAAUUUGUCACACGUAUAUUUCUUCUUCUUCUUCUCUUGCAGAAAGCACAGCUCCCUCUCACACACUCACACACUUCUUGUUAAUUCAGAAGAACAAAUGAUCAACGUCAACAAAUAACCUGAAAUAGUGACUUUAUGAGUUGGAAUCAAUGGUUAUUUUGAGACACCACCGACCAUAGACUUUAAAGGAAAGGACAUUUCUUAAAAGGAGAACAAAGGAAAAUUCAAGUGAGAUUAUUGGGAACCUGAAGCUUACUUUCUUUUUUUGUCAAGAGCUGAAGUCAGGUGGCGUUCACAGUCAGGAAGUCAUGUCCAGAUCGGGUGAUAGAACAUCCACCUUUGACCCAACACACAGUGACACCCUGCUGCAUGGGCUCAAUCUCUUAUGGAGAAAACAGCUUUUCUGUGAUGUGACUCUCACUGCCCAGGGACAGCAGUUCCACUGCCACAAAGCUGUGCUGGCAUCCUGCUCCCAGUAUUUCAGAUCUCUCUUCUCCUCCCAUAAUGCAAUCAACAAUGAGGGGAGCAAAGGGGACCAGGGCAGCAGUGGGACCCCCUCAUCCUCUCCUGAUGACAAGCUGGUGACCCCCAGUGCCAGGCCCAUCAAUAACCUGGUACUUCAGGGCUGUUCCUCCAUUGGACUGCGAUUAGUGCUGGAGUACCUCUACACUGCCAACGUGACUCUUUCCCUGGACACAGUGGAAGAGGUGCUGUCAGUCAGCAAGAUCCUCAACAUCCCCCAGAUUACUAAACUCAGUGUGCAGUUCCUCAACGACCAGAUCUCUGUGCAGAACUACAAGCAGAUCUGCAAGAUUGCUGCACUCCAUGGACUGGAUGAGACCAAGAAGCUGGCCAACAAGUACCUGGUGGAGGAUGUGCUCUUGCUGAACUUUGAGGAGAUGUGUGCCAUGCUAGAUGCUCUGCCACCCCCAGUGGAGUCAGAGCUGGCUCUCUUCCAGAUGUCAGUUCUCUGGCUGGAGCAUGACCGGGAGACUCGCAUGCACUAUGCGCCAGACCUUAUGAAGAGGCUGCGCUUCGCCCUCAUACCUGCCCCAGAGCUGGUGGAGAGGGUGCAGUCUGUUGACUUCAUGAGGAGUGACCCUGUGUGCCAGAAACUACUCCUGGAUGCCAUGAACUACCACCUGAUGCCCUUCAGACAGCACUGCAGGCAGACCAUGGCCAGCAGAAUCCGUUCCAAUAAGAGAAUGCUGUUACUGGUGGGUGGUUUGCCUCCUGGACCUGAUCGUCUCCCCAGCAAUUUGGUCCAGUACUAUGACGAUGAGAAAAAGACAUGGAAGAUCCUCACAAUAAUGCCUUACAACAGUGCCCAUCACUGUGUGGUGGAGGUGGAGAACUUCCUGUUGCUGCUGGGCGGAGAGGACCAGUGGAACCCCAACGGAAAGCAUAGCACUAAUUUUGUGAGCCGCUAUGAUCCCAGAUUCAACAGUUGGAUACAGUUGCCCCCUAUGCAGGAGAGGAGAGCCAGUUUCUUUGCCUGCCGCCUGGAUAAGCACCUGUACGUGAUUGGUGGUAGGAACGAGACAGGCUACCUCUCCAGCGUGGAGUCCUACAACCUCGAGACUAAUGAGUGGAACUAUGUGUCGUCUCUGCCGCAGCCUCUGGCCGCCCAUGCAGGAGCAGUACAUAACGGCAAGAUCUACAUAUCAGGAGGAGUACACAAUGGAGAGUAUGUGUCCUGGCUCUACUGUUACGACCCUAUAAUGGACGUGUGGGCUCGGAAACAGGAUAUGAACACAAAGCGUGCCAUUCAUGCCCUGGCUGGAAUGAAUGACCGCCUGUAUGCUAUUGGUGGAAACCAUUUGAAAGGUUUCUCCCAUCUAGACGUGAUGUUGGUUGAGUGUUACGACCCGAAAGCUGACCAGUGGAACAUCCUGCAGACACCCAUCCUGGAGGGUCGCAGUGGCCCAGGCUGUGCUGUUCUGGAUGACAGCAUCUUCCUCGUGGGGGGCUACAGCUGGAGCAUGGGGGCCUAUAAGUCUUCUACCAUCUGCUACAGCCCAGAAAAAGGAACAUGGACAGAGUUGGAGGGAGAGGUGGCAGAGCCUUUAGCAGGCCCAGCCUGUUCCACUGUCAUACUGCCUGCCUGCCUUCCUUUUAACAAAUGACAACUAAUCCAACCAACGGGCGGUGGGGGCGAGAAGCAGCAGAGUGACUGGGGGGAGGACCAUCAAUAAGCAAAACAGUUGUCAACAAUUUUGUGACAAACCCUUCGGUCAGAUGACGAGGGUGUGUAUAAAUUAUUUUUUUACAGGUUUGACCAGAGCACUUUCGUUAUUCCCUACUGAAGGUUUGAAAAAAAAAAAAAAAGAAGAAAAUUGUGUAACUCAUGUAUUUAAACUCAUCUGUGUUAUGAGAAAUGGUCAGUUUCAUAUUUGAUUUUAUUUAAACUGAUAGUAAGUGUUUUUGGCUUCUCUUCUAUAGCACGCAUAGUGUUGAACUGAAUUAUAGCUUUCAAAUCCAUUGUAUCUUGUAUUCAGUAGAGGCAUAAUUCCAGCAAAAUGCAGUGUUGUUUCACGGACUGACACUGGGUGAAAAGGUGAUCAGUCCCAAAUUGUCAUGGGGUUAAGUAAAACUAGGGCUGGGUGAGUUAUAUUAAUUGUGAUGAUCAAAGCGUAUGAAUAUUCUUCAUCACUCAUGUUAUUACUCAUUUUUCUCUGGCUGGAUUAUGCACUAAAUUGCUGUAACAUCUGGUCGGAUCAUUAUGCAACUGUUUUGUUGUCUUUCUCUGAAAAUGAAGGUAUUUAUUUGUCUAAAAUGGGGAAAUUUUGAAAAAACCUUUCCACAACAGCAGUUGUCAUUAUUGUCAUUUUUAAUUGACAUGGUAUGAUUAAAAAUACACUGUAAUUAGACCUGCAAGCAAGUAUGUUGGGGUCCAAGGAAUCUACGCAACUUGGAAGUAGGGAUAACCAGGUGAUAACCACCAUUGUAGAAAAAAAACCCACAAUUACACAAUGAUCUUUAUGAGGAUGUGUCUGUAUCACCCAGCCCUAAUUUUUAACUAAUUAUCUUAAUAAUUUACACCCAGGCUAAAGUCGUGUUUCUGUAUAACUUGUUGAACAGAGAGUUCCUUACAGGUUAUCUGCUUGACAGAAAAAAAAAACUUGCCAAAUGUUUAUGGCAACUAUUAUUCAUGCUGCAAGCAAAACAAUUUAAGGAUUUACCAUUGAUUCUUAAUGUUCAUAUGACGCACUAUUGUUCACGUUAAUUAUACAAUGAUGGUACAAUCAAAUUGUAAUUGCUAGCCAGUGUAUUUAUGGGUGGCAUGUUUGGGUAAACAGACGGAGAGGACGUUUGUUUGGUUUGUUCUCCUUUACAAGUUAGGCCUGUUUAUGAGGCCACAUAGCAUUACCUUGGUGGGAUUUUAAUCUUUGAUGUAUGAAAAACAAACAAGCAUACAGUGGUCCUUAAUGCACUAAAAGUGAACUUUUAAUUCAGCAAACAAAGUUCACUAAAAUGUAAAUUAAUUAAUGUGAUGUGUUUAAAAAAUUAUCUUCAGUACAAAUGAAUCUAAGUCCAGUCUAGUCUACGUUAUUAGGUUCAAAAAGUCGACUCUAAAUAUUGAUGCAGUACCUGUUGAAUUCUGUACAGAUUUGUUGAUUUCAUUCUUGUACAUAAUCGCUUGCAGUGAAACAUUUUUGUGCACUCAACCUUGGAUUUAUUCUCAAAUCCUGUUAUGUCCUUUGAAUUUUAGAAUAUGAAAAUAAAUUGACUCUUGAUGA